CCCUAAUAUUCACAAUCUUCAAUUAACCACUAUUGCUACUCACUUUAUAAAACCAAAUACGAAACAACCCGAUUCUCACAACACAGUCCACAUUAUUUGAUCGAGCAAAGAAAAGAAAACAAAGCCAAACUGCUCUGAAACUGAAAGCCCCAGAUGGAGAAAGAAGGUCUAGGUCUGGAAAUUACAGAGCUGAGGUUAGGUCUCCCCAGUGGUCCAGGUUUAGUGGACAAGAUCAAAGAGAAGAAGAGAGUGUUUUCAGAGAUUAAUGGAGGAGAUGAAAAUGUCGCCAACUUUGGUGGAUAUGAUGACUACCGGAAAGGCCAACCGAAGAGUCAAGUCGUAGGGUGGCCUCCGGUGUGUUCUUAUCGGAAGAAGGUUAACAGCUUGAGUGAGACUUCGAAAAUGUACGUGAAAGUCAGUAUGGAUGGUGCGCCAUUUCUUCGUAAGCUGGACUUGGGCAUGCAAGGUUGCUAUGCAGAUCUUGCUGUGGCCUUGGAGAAGCUAUUUGGUUGUUUUGGUAUAGGCGAGGUGUUGAAGGAUGCAGACAGUUGCGAAUUUGCACCCAUUUAUGAAGACAAGGAUGGAGAUUGGAUGUUAGUUGGAGACGUCCCUUGGGAAAUGUUUCUUGAGUCCUGCAAGAGACUGCGGAUCAUGAAGAGAUCGGAUGCCAAAGGAUUUGGAAUCCUGGAGUCCAAGGGCUUCCUCAAGGCAACGAUGAAAGACGAGUCUCAAUAAAUAUCACUCCACCAAAAAUGAUGAAAACUGGAGAUCCAUUACUGUAAUGUAAUGUCGUACUGCAUUUGGAAUCCCUCUUCUCGACCUAGAACAUGAGAUCAUCAUAUAUUACAUUUCCUUUUUCAUACAAUUAUUAUUCGCUAAUUUCUGGUGAUUGUAAGCGUGCUCUUUCAAUCAUUAUGUACGUGAAGCUUUGAUAUUAGUGUUGAUUUGGACUCUAGAGAAAGAGGAGAGAAUUUUCCUCUAUCAUUCGGUUCUAAAAUGUAUUUG